AUGGCUUCGAGAGCGAUUUUCCUCCUUAUUUUAACUGCAAUCAUUGCAGUCGGCUAUUGUAUGCGGCAACAGGCCGUUGCCGUUAAAGGCAAACUGCUGUGUGGAUCUGCUCCAGCCAAAAAUGUCCGGGUGAAACUCUGGGAAGAGGAUACUGGCCCAGACCCAGACGAUUUGCUUGACCAGGGCUACACUGACAACCAAGGAAUGUUUAGCUUGAAAGGGGAUACCAGAGAAACAACCGACAUUGACCCCGUCUUAAAAGUUUAUCAUGAUUGCAACGACGGGCUCAAGCCAGGGCACAGAAAAUUAAAGAUGAAGAUCCCCUCCAACUACAUCUCGAGUGGAAAGGUUGCAAAGAAAGUUUGUGAUAUUGGUGUCCUCAACCUAGAACUCAUCUUCCCGGGAGAAGAACGUGAACUUAUGGUGUCGUAA